CUGAUAUAAGCUUUGUGAAGACAGAUCGCAGGAUUAGUCUGUCCAGACAGACUUUAGACAGACAUAAGAACCGGACUGUAUUGACCUCAAGAGUCAAUGUCAAGGCUGUGAUUAAGCACUCACUAGCAUGUACUACCACGGGUUGUAUUUGUUAUUGUGUGCGGUCAUUAGUGCUCAAAUUUCACGUGCAGACGAAAGUGAUAACUAUCCCAAAACGCCCGACAAAUUUUAUGCAGUGAAAGGUCAGUCAGUCGAGCUGCCGUGUUUUGUUGCCAACCCUCGGGACCGAGUGAGAUGGUCAACCCUGGGCAACCAGAGGCCGCCGGCAGGGGCGAAGAUGGUGGUGGACGACGAGGAUCCGACCCUGCACCAUCUGGUCCUCACAGACCUGCAGUUUAAGGACUCGGACACCUUCGUCUGUAGCAACUCCAGGGGGAGCAGUUCUGUUAGGCUCAUUGUGUUUGCGCCCUCAAAACCUCUGGAUCUGUCCGCCAAGGUGGUCAACGCCACAGCUGUCCAGGUGUCGUGGAGACCCCCCAAAAACCACCCCCAGCUGGUCCGGCUGUACCACAUCUAUGUCGGGGACGACCUGGUCAAGCCGGACGACGAGAUCGCUUUCAUCGUCAACAAGACGGAGAGAAAUGGCGGGGAGAGGUUCACCAUCUACGAUCUGACGCCGGAGACGGUUUAUGAGAUAAAGGUUGUGCCCGUGUAUAACGAAGGAGCGUCCUCAGCCCCCGGGGAACACGAGGGGCCGGGCGACUCAGUGAAGAUCACCACACCCAAACGAUUGCCCGUCACUGACCAACCAGAGACCACAACUUCCGGUCAGCCAACAAAAGCUGUAGAUACCAAGUCUUUAGGAGCGCCAAGAAAUGUGCGAGUUCAGCCCUGGUUUAAGAACUCGUUACAUGUAUCCUGGCAGCCACCAGCAGACGUGGAGCCGACGAUAAUCCAAGGUUACCAAGUGAGCUACAAGGGUAACGUGAAGAACGCCCUACAAGGCAAGAUCUAUGUAGAUGAAGCAGAGUCUGGCGGCAAGUGGAGUACGGUGCUAGAGAGGCUACCACUGAGGGUCAAGUACCGGAUCGAGGUGGCCGCCGUGUUCAGGCUACCAGGGAACAAGACGUACAUCGGCAGGAAGGGGGUGGGGAACGAGUUCCGGCACGAUGGCUUUCCGACUGAGAUCAGCUUGAGCGCCUUCCCGCUUAGCCCGACGUCUGCUUUGGUCUCUCUGCAGACGGUCGGCGAUGACGUCAUCGUUGAAAACUUUUCACUUCGUUGGACAGACGAUAGCGCCGUAGCGUGGCGCCCAUUUCAAACAUUCAAGAACAACUACGGUAUCAUCACCGGCCUAAAGCCCGGAAGUCGAUAUUUCUUUUUAGCCAAGGCCAAGGUCAACAAGAAAAACAGACAAACCGUCACUCACAUAACCACGCCCACAGAAGUGACGUCAGUGCCGACAGAUAUCCAGGUCAAAGCUAUUUCCUCAGAAGAGGUCAUAACUUCCUGGACCUACAACGGCCCGCAGCCGACGGAAAUGCAAGGGUUUGUGGUCAAACUUCAAGCGGAAUCAGAGAAUGGUCAAGUUUCGAGCUCUGAACAAAUUGUAAUUAACAAGACAGAAGCUCGGAUGUCCAAUGUCAAGGCCGGGGUCCAAUACCGUCUGCAGAUCACACCUUUUAACCUGGAUAACAAAGACGCCUGCACUGAGCAGGUGUCUUUAGAGAUCACAACACAGCGGCCCGUGGACCCUGUCCGGCCAACUGCCUCGUCAAAUGACGUAGCCCCUCAGAUUGUGACCAGCUUGACAGAUGAGAUUGAAAUCUCCCCUGGCCGCAACUCUGUCCUCAACUGUGAGGCCGUGGGUCAGCCCGUCCCCCACGUCUUUUGGCUCAAGGACGGCCAGCAGAACACGAGACCGGCGCCCGGCAGCAGCACCAUCCUCCUGGUCAGCCUCAACCAGACGACCGUCCUGACCUGCAAGGCGUACAACAGGGCAGGCUCCGCGGAGAAAACGCUGACCGUCAAGGUCAUUACAGACAGCGAAAACGUCCCCUAUUUCACCGAACCUAUGCCUGAAGAAGUACUGGUGCAAAGGGGGGAUGAGAUCACAGUGCCCUGCAGAACAUCCGGGUCGCCUGCCCCGAACAUCACGUGGUACAAAGAUAACGUGAUUGUGGGCGGCGAAUACGAAACUGCCUCGGCAAGCAUCUAUCGAGAAAAAAAUGUUCGAAGAUCCUUCAAUUUGACAUGUAGAGCUUUUUAUGAGCAAAAGACUUUAGUUGGAGAAACUAAAAUUCAAGUUGAAGAACCUCAGCAGGGUCCAGUGCCACUAUCAGUAGAUGGACCUUUUACCUUAUACCCUGGCCAGCCAGUCAAUGUUACCUGUGAAUUCAGUGGCAAUCCAAAGCCUAUGGUCACCUGGUAUGUCAAUAAUGCACCUGUGGGACCAGAUGUGGAGUCAAGGAAUACUCUUAUUGAUUUUAAGAUUGAGAAAAGCACUUACCUUACUUGUGCAGGGAGAAAUAAACUUGGAACAAACUAUACAGGAACUUGGCUGUAUAUGAAAGAAAGCACAACUCCAGGUAAAGAAUUUGUGGAUGUUAAAAAGUUUUUCCCCAUGUAG